AUGAUUCGUUCCACUCUCCAAUGGUGGACGACUGUCCUUCUCGCACCUCUCGCUGCCUGUCAAGAAACGGCCAUCCCCGGUCCUCAAUGCCAGGAUUUCGCCUCAUCCUACAAGCUCUCGGCCGAACAGAUAGCCAAAGCCGGCAUCAGUAACAUCACGGCGAACAAUGUCGAAAUCGCACUCAACUUCGAGCGCACCAAUUGGGCCACUCAAUCCGUCACCAACGACCCAUUCUACCACAUCCCCAGCAACAUCAACUGGACCUCCUCCAUCCCGGCCGGCACCGUCUUCGCCGUCGAAAACGUGACCAACACCUCCCUCUACACGCUGCCCGCCCCGAUCUCUAUGUCGCGGAUAAUCUACCAGACAGAAACCAUCAACGGUACCAACGUCCCGGCCUCAGCCUACGUCCUCUGGCCCUACCUGCCGCGCACCUUCCCCAACGUCACGGGCCUGCCCGUCAUCGGCUGGGGCCACGGGACGUCGGGCGUGCUGCCGGACUGCGCGCCCUCGCACAUCCGGAACCUGUGGUACCAGUUCGCGGGCCCCUACGAGAUGGCCAUGCAAGGCUACGUCGUCGUCGCGCCCGACUACGCCGGGUUGGGCGUCUCCUCGACCGCACCUGCUCCCCCUCCAUCGUCGCCAUCCCAGUCCUCAUCCUCCUCCAACACCACUUCCUCCUCCUCCUCCUCCGACCCCCACCAGAGCAUCCUCCACCCCUACCUCUCCAACCCCUCCCACGGCCUCGACAUCCUCCACGCCGUCCGCGCCGCCCGCGCCGCCUUCCCCUCCCUCUCCACCUCGCACGUCGUCAUCGGCCACUCGCAAGGCGGCGGCGCCGCCUGGGGCGCCGCCGUCGAGGCCGCCAAACACCCCCAAAACUUCCCCGGCUACCUCGGCGCCAUCGCGGGAUCCCCCGCGCCGUCCGGCGCCAACUACCUGACCCUCCUCUCCGCCGCGACGGCGUCUUACUCCCCGUUGGCCGCGUACAUCGCAAUGGGCGUCCACGCUGCGUAUCCGGCCGUGGCGUUGGACGAGCUGUUCACGCCGGCGGGGUUGGCGCGGUUCGAGUUGAUGCGCGAGGUGGGUGGGUGUAGUAGCGUUGCGACGGAGCUGUUUGCUGCCAACAGCGAGACGCCGGCGACGCCGUGGGUGCGGCCGGAUAUCGCGGACUUCUGGGCGACGCGGGCGUUUGCGGGGGCGACGGAUUACGUCGGGGAGGAUGUGGGUGGAGUAGAAACGCCGCUGCUGGUGCUGCAGGGGGAUGCGGAUUCGAUCGUGGUGCCGGGUCAGACGGCGGAGAGCGUGCGGCGGGCGUGCGAGGCGAAUGCCGAGAGCAGCGUGGAGUUGGUGAGCUUCGAGAACGUGACGCAUGUGCCGGUCAUGUUUGCCGGGCAGCGGGUGUGGCUGGAUUGGGUGGCGGAUAGGUUUAAUGGUGUCCCGGUUGAGAAGGGGUGUCGGAAUCGGACGCUCAGCCCGUUGAGGAGGGAGGAGGGGGCGUAUUUGGAGGAGACGAAUUUUGUGUUGGAGUGGGUGACGCAGGGGUAUCAGACGGCGUAG